UGAGAUGGACGUGCGUGACGUCAUGUUCUCGCGUUGACUCCUCCAGCUGAAGGAGAAGCCGGUGAGCAGCGUGUCCAGCUCAGAAAAUGUAUUACAAAUUCAGCAGUUUCACCCAGAGACUAACGGGCACUGUACUGUCUACAGCAUACAGCCCACAGGGCUUGAGGCCUAAUGUACCCUCUGAGGCCCCUACUAUGAUCUUUGCAACCCCAACAAAAAUUGUUUCUGAGUCAGGAGCUUCUCUAGAGUACAUGGGUGCCAACAAGGUGCCUGACCUUCAGAAGAUAUUUCAGUCCUCAGAUGGGGUUCCAGUGCACCUUAAACGGGGUGUUCCUGAUCGGCUUCUGUACAGGACCACCAUGGCCCUGACGAUCGGUGGUGCUCUCUACUGCCUAGUGGCCCUCUACAUAGCUGCACAGCCCAAGAAUAAAUGAACACCACCUGCCCAGCCUCCCACAUCAGUAUUCAUGAACUUUACAGAUUGUAAUGUAUUUCUGUAAUAUAUUUAUCAUCUCAGUGAUGUUGGCAGUGGGAAGGACUGUCAACCUCUUUUUUUUUUUUUUUUUUUCCGCACUAAUGGUAAACAGCCCUGGUGUGCCAAGAGGGGAAAAAAAAACAUCUGUUAAUAUAAAGGGACUUUUUUUUAAUGCAUCACUAAUCAGGUUUUGCAAGAUGUAUUUAACUGUACUGUGAAGCAUACAUGAAAUUGAUUUUAAGUUUUAGUAUAACAGCUUUUACCUCCAUUGAUCUGUCUGAAAUUCCAGCAUCCAGCAUUUAAAUUCUCUUUAGACAGUAGUGCUGUCUAGCCCAGACUAGAUUUAAGCCUGAUGUUAUGUAGUAGUGUCAGUAAUGGAUUCUAGUCCAUUUGAGACUGCAGAGAGUUCUGGCAGGUAAGAUGGAGUGCAAAAGGGUUGGGUCGCAUCUUGUGGCAGUGUUGGUUGGUGCUGCAUUGUAAUGCACUUAAGCUUCAGUAUUUUCACUGUGAAUCACAGUACUUCAUAAAGUGACUAUGCUAAAUGAAAGGUAAAUAUUGUGUAUAAUAAGUGCAAAAGUGGCCCUGACUGCUUUUUAGAAACAUGUUCACUUCUUGGGGUAAUACCAUCUGGCAUUAUGUGCUUCUGUGGCUUGAUCAUGUUAAUUAUGUGAUUUUACACUAUAUUUAGUGGUCCUCAUAUGCUGUUACCCUUCUCACAUUUACUGAAGCAGUGAUGCUCCUACAGCUGGCACUUGUUUUAGAGGCAGUCUGGUCUCUCACAUGGAGCUUGUUUGGGAUCUGUAGAGAUGUAUGUUUGAUUUACAAAAGAAAUAAUAAAUAUGAGAAAUGAAAAAUGUGGCCUUAGCAGUUUGAAUGCUUCAGGUUUCCCUAGAUUUGCUUGCUAAGUAAUUAACCCUUUAAAUCCUGAUGACUUGUAUGUUGAUCCAUAUUUUAGUUCCUCACUCUUAUAACUAUAUAAACUUUCAAAUUAGUUUCACAGUUUGAUAGUUAAUGGUGGUGGUAGUAGUUGAAUAGUAUGCCUAGAGGUAAAGUGGCUAAAGUCCAAUUUCUACAAAAUUCAGUAGCUAAGAUGUAAGCAAAAUCACUGUUUUGAUGUGAAAUGGUACUUUGUGGAGAAACACUCAGAUUUGCUUACAGUGGUGUUCUUAGGGGUCAUUAUUUCUACAGCAAAAAUAAAGCUACUUUAUUUGCUAUUUUAAAUGA